CUCUCUCCCCCCUCUUCCGCAGAGCUCCACCACAGUGAACGCAGAGCCGCGAUAUCAGAUCCGCGUUGCGUUCGGACUCUCAUCUCAUCCGCGGUCGCGGGUGUUUCUCUAACCGGCAGGAUGGAGCAGUUCCUCGGCCGCCCCAGCGCUCCGCCCGGCCCGGUUCUGCAGGUGUGUUUUCCCAGCGCUCGCGCGUCGGUUCUGGAGAAUCUGAACCGGCAACGCGAGGAGGGUCAGUUGUGUGAUCUGUCCAUCCAGGUGCAGGGACAGGUGUUCCGAGCGCACCGCUGUGUGCUGGCGGCUUCAUCCCCUUAUUUUCAUGACCAGGUUUUGUUGAAGAACGUAACCACUGUGUCUCUUCCCUCGGUGAUGGACCCUUUGGCCUUCGAGAGCGUAUUGAACUCCGCAUACACAGGUCAGCUCAGCAUUGUGCGUGAUGACAUUGUUAACUACGUCACUGUUGCCAGCUUCUUGCAGAUGUGGCAUAUUGUGGACAAGUGCACAGACAUCCUUAAGAGGUCACGACCUUUAGCCCAAGUCAGCCCGAGCGGGGCGACCUCCUCGAGUCACCAGUCACCCAGCAGCUCGGACUGCUGUUUCGCCGAUCCAGAGUACCGGGAGCGAGGAACAUGCGAGCAAUCUCUCGCCCUGGAAAAGAGAUCCCUCAGCGGGGAGCACAGCGCACUACCUCCCCUGGCCACCUGGAGGCGCCCACAUCAGCAGCAGGGCAGGUGGGGCAAAGGCAGCCUGUCUUUCCCCCUCAGAGUGGAGUCGCCCCGAACGGACUGCACCCCUGUCGGAGGUCACCAUGGCUGUACUGUUGCAGCUUUAACAUGCAGCAACAUGGGAGCAAACGAAAUAGACUUCAACAUGCGUCACAGGGUCCGAGCGCGCCUCCGAGGAGUGAGGGAGGAGGAACAGAGGAGGAGAGGGGAGAGGUGGAUGGAGGCAGAUGAAGGGGUGGGAGAGCUGUUGCAGGAGGACAAAGUGAGGGUGAAGUGUGAGGAGCGUCAGUCUGGAGGUGUUGAACCGGGGGGACGUCUUGGAGAGAGAGGUAGUGGAGAGAGAGAACAGGAAGUGUCCGCCUUAUCUCAAACAGAUGACACCAGUCCGCCCACUGCACAUGCUCAGUGGCACCACACUUCUGAUUGGCCGACGGGUCAGUGCGUUCAGUCAGAUAGCAAGCUAUUGGAUAAAGACUUGUCCAGAAGAGAAGUUGACGAGGAUGAUGUAGAGGAAGACGAAAUGGACAUCGGCCGUUUUGCCGAUGGCGGAUUCGAGACCUAUGAUGAAAUUGAGGAAGCCACGGGGCAAGUUUCCCAGCGGCCUUUGCUACCGGCGUCUCCCAACGAGUUUGCGCCGGGACCGUCCGAGUUAUCCUGGCUCCAAACGGUCUCUCCGACCUCUGUUCCUCCCUCUUCCUCUCCUCCAAUCACCUCACCCUCCUCUUCUCUCUCUGGAACAUCCUACACAGGCAAAGUUCACUUCUGCCACUGCGGCAAAGCCUACACCCUGAAGAGCAUGCGCGACCGGCACGUCAAAAUGCAGCAUCUGAACCUGCGUCCGUUCGCCUGUCCCGUCUGCUCCAAGAGCUUCAAAAUGAAGCACCACCUCACCAAACACGUCAAGACGCACGGAAGUCUGCGGCCAUACGAGUGUGCGCUCUGUGGCAAGACAAUCGUUUGGAGGGACAGUUUCUUGAAACAUCAGGCUCGCUGUCAACGAAUGUCCGCUGCAGCAACGACUAGCACCGAAACAGGCUGCGGACAGGACGGCGGGUACUCAAAUGUUGUGGGGCAGGUGAAGUUGGAACAGGAUGAUUAUUCAUUGAAGGAACAGGAAGCAGAGAGAAGCAGAAUAUUAAACCAAGAGCAGACAUGAGAAGA